UAUAUAGUUGCAGCAUUGCAUGGCGGGACGGAGUUUCAAAUAUGGCGUCAUGAGCGGUGUAUUUGUGUGUGUGUUUUCUGGCUGGUUCCGCGCCUAUGUUUAGCGCCAAUUUUCGUGCCAUUGGCGUUACGCGCCUCGUCCGAUCAUGGUGGUGUAUGUGUGUGCGUCUUCUGGCUGUUUCCGCGCCAAUUUUGUACCAUUCGCGUGUCCGAUCAUCAUAGUGACGAACCGGGACUUGUUUGGAAUAGUGCGAACCAGCUGCAAGGGUUGAUUUUGCGACUGUGAUCGCUACACAGUCCUCAGUUCGGCAAACAUUCCAUGCGAUUGAUGCGACCGCUGCCCGAGAUCGCAUGGGAAAAUAGACGAAAUCGCGACCAGACCAGCAAGGAUGCGGCGGUUACCUGUCGCAUCUACCUGGCUGCUGCCGUCGGUGCCCUGUCCCUGGCCAUUCUCAUCGUCUCGGCAUUCACCAUGGCAUCGCCUGCGGCGAAAUACCAACAAGAGGACGAAGAGGGUGCCACGCCUCUGCGCGUCUACCAUGUGAACAUCGAACCGAGAGAGGCCACGAAGCAAGAAACAGCGGCGCGUAGGGCCGUGCACAACGCCACCGCGUCGCCGACCAAGAGGACAACACCGGACAGCGCUGAAAUGGAGACCAUAGCGAACAUAGAUCUCUCGGAUUUAUUCCUGAAGAAGCGUGGUCGCCCAUCGCUAACGAAAUCGACCCGGAAAAGCAUGACCGUGCCCGAGUCCAGCGAAGCGCCUCCCUCAGACGAUGAGGUCACACCCGAGACCGAAGCAACGUGGUCUGGACACGACGGUGUCCCGACGCCCAAGGCCCGUUUAGCUACCGGGACUAGGGUCGCCCCAGCCGAAAACAUGACCACAGCGUCACGGGUCAGCAUGGUCGACGGUCGAGGACGCUCAGGUGGUGGCAGCGGAGCGCGCGGUAAGCCUAAGCGUCUCCCCGUACCGGCAGUCGGUGCCGGGCCAAGGAAACCAACCGCGUCGACGCCGCACUUAAAACGCGUCCCGAUCAAGAACGGUUUGCCCGCGCACAAGGCGAAGUCCCCAAAAAUCGGCACGCCAUCACCUCCCGCCGUAGCCGGUAAACCGCCACCUCCCGCCGUAGCCGGCAAGCCACCGCCUCCAGCUACGACAAUCAAGCCAUCUUCUCCUGGCGUCGCCCGUAAAGCACCGUUUCCAGCCGUAGCGGGCAAGCGAUCGCAGCCAGCCACAGCUGGUACGCCACCACCUAGAGCUAAGGCGGGAAAGCCGGCGCGGCCUCCAGCCAUAGCCGGCGAGCUGCCGAUUCAGGUCUCGACGCAGCGACCCCACCACGGCGGUGAUCAGACGAAGGCGGUCACGCCGGCAGCCAAGCCGGAGCCGAAGCCAGGCGCGACGACGAAAGCCGACGCCUCGGGACUCGGCUCCAGCAGCGUAACCUCCGGCGGUUCCGGCGCCGCCGGUGGCCACCACGUGGUUUCGCCCGAGGAAAAGCCCGAGACCGAAGUUAAGAGACCCGACGAGGACGACGAGGAAGACGAAGACGACGACGGGAUGAGCUUCGAAGAGCGCAUAGUGCCACCGCGGCUGUCGGGACGCGGUGACGACGAAGCGGGCGAUCACGGCGUCGAGCACGUGGGGCCCGGGCACCAGACGGCGCGCCAACCAACGUCCCCGCCCACCGGCGAGAAGGCGCACCGGAAUGUCGCCGACGUCACUCCUGGGGCGGAAACAACCAGCUCAGCCGAGAAAGGAGAAACCAGCGGCGAUUACGACGACGAUCGGCCAGGCAUCGUGGGAGGUCUCAAGAAAGAGCAGCCGUUACACUGGGACAGGCGAAAAGCGCUGUUAAUGUGCACGGUCGGCUCGACCCUGACGGACGAGGCCGUGUACCCGGUCAAGGAGCAACUGUGCGACCACUACGUCUUCACCCACGUGACCGUGCUGGGGUCCGAGCUGGGCACAAACUACGGCAUCAGCGCGUACAUGACGUUUCGCAAGAUGGCGCAGGAGAACGAGCACCGCGGCCGCGUUCGCUUCGGCGUCAGCCUGUCGCCGGCGUACGUGGAGUCUCAGUCCGAGUACCGGCCCGCCCUCGGGGGCAUGAUGCAGCGGCUCGCCGACGAGUACGCCGUGGACUCCUUCGGCGUGCUCGGGGUCACGGUGUCGCACAUGGGGCUCAGGCCAGGUCUGCCCGCCAGCAACUGGAUCGCGGGCAUGUCGAAUAGCAUGGACCGCCUUCCCGCGAGGAACCACCUUUUCUUGGGCCUGGUGCUGGAGGCCCACUACCCGUCCCUCCGCCUCGACAGCGUCCGCCAGCGGGCGCUCGCCGAAACGCUCCGAUCGCAAACGGAGGCGCUCAGGGUGGACACGCUGGUGCUCAUCACCCACCUGUGGAACGCGACGUCGCUGCAGCACUCGGAGUCGUGCCUCACGCAGCCCCCCUCGCUGUGGAUGCGGGCGGCCUCCAGCGACGACACCAGCAAACCCACCACGCCAGACCUGGAAACGUCUGCGCACAUCCUGGGCUUCUUCAAGUCCAACGUCACGCGGACUUUUCUCUCCAUGACCAUGGCAGUAAUGAGGUACCGCAUGGAGGAGAGCGGCUCCCAGUCCGCCUACGUGAUGGGCGCGCCCUGCGUCGAGGGCCACCCGACGUCGUUCGCCGACACCUGCUCGAGCGUGGUGCGGCGGGGAACGCGCGGGGGCUUUGACGGCCGCAGCCUCACACCGUGGUUCUCCAAGAAAGGGGCCGUGUUCACCUACGAGGACCGAAGCUCCAUUGCUGCCAAGAUGAAGGGCUGCCUGCACGUGCUAAAAAGCCUGGGCCAACUGCGAACCGGCUGGGCGCUGUUCGACAUCGAGCAGGAGCUGCUCCGCGCCGAGGACUGCGACCUCGAGCUGGUCCGGCCGGCCGCGCACGGCCGCAUCAGGACGGUCAGGGCCAUCCUGGACGCCCUGGGGAGGUCGGCGAAUCCGCGGGCCCGCCGACGGAGAAGGCGGAGAUGACGGCGCCCCCCGCGAACCCCCCCCCCCCCCCCUUUUUUUUUGCAACACGACACUUAAUGCGCCCAAACUCGCGUAACUAAUUCCUACGGGAUCCGCUGCUGCUUCUCUGCCGUGCCUAGUUGUCGUACGGGAGAAACACGUGGCCGUAUAUAGGGUUAAGGAGAAGCAAAUGCGCAAUAGUGUAUAUGGACGAGGUGGAGUGGAUUCGUAGCUGGUUUUGGGUAGCGCGAGUAGUGAACAGGCAGAAGUUCACUAGGGUUGAGGAUUGGGCGAGUUGGUAUUGCAUUCUAAAGCUGGUACAGCGCAACAUACAAAGGAAGAAACAAGCCGGAGCCGGCCAGAUAGAUGAACAGAGCGCUCUGUUCCUUUAUCUGGCGCCGGCUCGCCUUGUUUCUUCCUUUGUAUGUUGCGCUGUACCAGUUUU